CCCGCCCUGAGCUGAGCCUUUGGCAUCCAGCUCUGUGCUCUCGGCUGGUGCUGGGCGCCCCAGGCCCAGCUUGCCAAGCAGCACAGUUAGUAACUGUGCUCAGGGCCCUGCGGGGUGGCGGCCUGCGGCCCCACACUGAGAGGUACCCCUCCCCAAAGACCCUGCCAGGGAACAGUUUUCUGUCCUGAUCCAAGCGUAGGGAAGGAGGGGGAGCUGGGCGGGUCCCACCAGGUUUACAGCAGCUGGUCCUUGGCCCGUGUCCAGGGCUCGGGGGAGGCCUCCACUCCCCAAGUGCUUCUCCAGCUGUUGACUGAAGUGCUUCCACUUCCAUGGCACCAAGGCGCCUGGUUGAGGCCUGGGGCAGCCCCACUCGAGCCCCCCAGGCCUUACACAUCUCAGCAGGUCUCUAAGUUCAGGCAGAGGGCAGGUGGGUUUGUAGAGGCAGAGCUCAGGUGCUGCCCAGGUGAGCAGGUCUGUAGUGGGCAGAGAAGGUGCCCACCAGGCAUCGCCCUGGUACCCAGAGGCCCUGGUCCUCAGGGACCUGAGGGGAGGUGAGCAGGGCCACCCCUCCACUCCCUCACUGCCAGAGCUGCCAUGGAUGGCCCCUGCCAAGCCUGGCUGUGUCUGGUGGUCCCGGACCCAGGCAGCCACAGGACAGAGCCCAACUCGCUGCCCGGAACCUCACUCCUCCCCAGCUCGCCCAAACCCAUCAGCCACGCCUCUGGUUUCCAUCCACAGAAACCAUCUGUGUUUGUGGAGAUUGACCUGGGAGACCAUGCCGAGGAGGUGAUCACAUGUGCCAUGAAAGAAGAGAAGCCGUCCCAGCUGGACAUGGGGGAUCUGUCAGAGGACGAGACCGGCUGGGUGUGCUGCAUCCCCUACUCCACCAGAAAGAAAGCCAAGGAGAGCGCGUAGCUGCGAGAGAAGGUACAGGGUCUCCACUUCAGUCUCCUGGGGUCGGCCAGACCCGGGAGGGGCCCAGAGAGACACCGCACGAACCUCUCUCCCCACCCCAUGUGGGGAUGGAUUUGGCUACACCAGACAUAGCCUGGCAGCUGACUUUCUGCCCCAGGCACUGUUUCAGAGGCUCUGUGACCACCACACGUGACCCCCACGGCUCGGAAGCGAUGACGCCAUCUCUUAAAAAGACCCAAUAAAGAGGGAUGGAGGAUGUACUCCCUCUCGAGGCCGAGGGCUGUCCCUUCUUUUCAUACCUCUCAUCCCACGAAAUGUAAAUUAGGGAAGGGAGGCAGCUCAGGACCGGCCUGUGUGCACGUGCACACAUAGCACACGUGACGCGCGGUCCACAUGCCCAUGCACGGCCACACAGGAGCAUGCAGGAGGACAUGGGCAGGGGCCAAGCAGCAUCUCUGAGACCGGAGGUCAGAGGACACAGGUGAAACCCUCGAAGGCCACCAUGGGCAUCAGCUCAGUUCUCCCCCCGCGGCCACCACUGCCCAAAGGGAGAACCGGCCCAAGAAGCUGGCCGGGGGCGGGGUGCUGCCCAGCUGUCGGAACCGAGCAUAGACGAGGCAACUCUGCUGACCACUCAUGGUGUGCUGGGCACAGGACUGACCCCAUGGCCCCCCAGAAUCUGGGUCUGCUGCUUGUCCCCUGGAGACGGAAGCAUCACGGUAGUGACAGGGAUGGAGUAGACACAGGUAGCUGUCGAAGUCCCCAUAAGGGACCACAGGUGAGAGGGAAACCCAGGGGAGGCUGGGAGAUCACUGUAAGUUAAUAACUGCUCAAGAAAGCCAUCAGAACAAGGCAGGCUGCUUGACUGGUGGAAGUUCGAGAAUUGCCUCAGGUCUUUGGGUGCGGGAUGGGGUGAGGUCUGCAUUCAGGUUCAGAAGAGAAAGGAAGAGGCAGGCUUUCCCCACCCCCACUCCCCUUGGAGGAUAAAACUGUA